CCCCACCCUCCACCAUGCAGGUCCCAUUGCUCCGCCUUCAGUGUGGUGUCAACAGCUAUGACUGGGGCAAGGUUGGCCAUGAGUCGGCUGCCGCGAAGUAUGCCGCCACUACGGCUGGCUCAGACUUCUCCAUAGAGGCAGAGAAGCCCUACGCAGAGUUGUGGAUGGGCACCCAUCCUUCCCUCCCCUCCAAGGACGUCGAAACCCAGCGAACCCUCCUCGAUAUGGUCCAGGACAACCAGGCACUGAUCUCGAAGGAAGUUAGCGAGCGAUAUGGCGGGAAACUGCCUUUUCUCUUCAAGGUCCUUUCGAUCCAAAAGGCCCUCAGUAUCCAAGCCCACCCGAAUAAGAAACUGGCAGAGAAGCUCCAUGCUCGGGAUUCUCGAAACUAUCCUGACGACAAUCACAAACCCGAAAUGACGAUCGCGAUCACACCGUUCGAAGGACUGUGCGGCUUCCGACCGCUGACCGAAAUCGUUCAUUUUCUCAACGCAGUCGCACCCCUCCGCGAACUGGUGGGCACACAGGCUGCCGGUGAAUUUGAGAGUACGGUCAAGGGCUCGGAAGACUCCGAAGACUCGGAUGUAAUGGCGAAGAACAAGGAUGCUCUGCGCGCCUUGUUCACAUCCCUGAUGAAGUCCUCUCCGGAAAGCAUUGAGGCGGCCACCCAGAAGCUUAUCGCCGCAGCUCAGGACUCCCCCGAUACCUUCGCUACUUCUACCAGCACGCCCGAGACGAACCCCAGCAACCCCGCCGAAUUGGCUGCCCUCAUCACGCGGCUUAACGGGCAAUUCCCCAAUGAUAUCGGUCUAUUUGUGUUCUUUUUCCUUAACUUUGUCACCCUUGCGCCCGGUGAAGCCAUGUUCUUGAAGGCUGACGACAUCCAUGCAUACAUCUCCGGGGACAUUAUCGAGUGUAUGGCGUCGUCCGAUAAUGUGGUGCGGGCGGGCUUCACCCCCAAGUUCAAGGACGUGGACACGCUCACCGACAUGCUGACCUACUCCUAUGCACCGAUCGAGGAACAAAAGUUGGAGCCGACCGACUAUCCCUAUGCGGUGCUUAAUGCGACCGCCUACUCUAGUGGCUCGUCAUCGAUGCUCUACGACCCCCCGAUUGAAGAGUUCAGCGUGGUGAAGACGGAGCUGAAGCGGACUGGUGCCAAGGCGACCUUCGACCCACUGGUGGGCCCCAGCAUCCUCAUCUGCACGGGGGGGACAGGGAAGAUUACAGUCGGCCACAAGACCGAGGAGGUGCGUGAGGGGUAUGUGUUCUUUGUAGGCGCCAAUGCCGAGUGUAUCGUUGAGAGCACAAGCAGUGCCGAGGAGGUGUUUACGACGUUCAAGGCGUUCUGUGACCUGACGAGCGAGGGGGACAUGGUGAAUGGGAACUAGGCUGUAUAUCCAGGCCAUAAUAUAUGCAUUUCCUCGUAUCGCUAGA